UCGCCAGUUGGCUGGCGCACUUGUAUCGUCGCGGUCGCCGUAAAUUUAUAAUCCAUACUUUUUCUACUCGUCUUUGCCUAACGUAUUAUAUCUCGAUUUCGGUUUAAAGCUUAUACUAUUAUAUUCUACAAUAAAAUCUUCGAAAUCUAUACGUUUAUUUAAUUAUGUGAAUUGUAAAGUGCUAUUAAAGUGUUGUAAAUAAAACAAAAAAUCACUGAGGAUUUUCUAGCAAUUUACCGGCCGCACCAACUGAGAUCUGUGUUGAAAACGGCGAAGAUAUUGUUAAAGUGAGCAAUAUGCAGGUCCCGAACGGAAUCGAUCAUCAAAAAUAUUUAAAUGGACCAGACCAGAUUAUACCAUGUGAUAGUUACAUAAGCUGCAGACCCGGAGAAUAUGUUAAAAUUCGCAUGGGAUCACGUGGACCUGCAGCAGAACCUCCAGUCUCAGUUCCUGGUCUCUUAAACAGAAUUGUCGCUCGGUACCCUAACGACACUGCCUUAGCUACUAAAAAAGACGGAAAAUGGCAUAAAAUCACUUAUAAGCAAUAUCAAGACCGCGUCCGUACGAUUGCAAAGGGUUUCUUGAAAUUAGGUCUAGAACGAUUUCACUCAGUGUGCAUUUUAGGCUUUAACUCGGAGCAGUGGUUUAUCGCUGAUCUUGCUGCCAUACACGCAGGAGGAUAUGCUGCUGGUAUUUAUACGACAAAUUCCGCGGAGGCCUGUUUCCAUUGCUUGGAAACAUCACGGGCGAACAUUUGCGCGGUACAGGAUAAGAAGCAGUUGGACAAAAUAUUAUCAAUACAAAGUCGCUUAAAACAUCUUAAAGCGAUCGUGCAAUGGGAAGGACCCGUAGACACAUCUAUUCCUGGAGUGUACAGCUGGGAACAAGUAAUGGAAAUGGGUUCUAAAGAGCCGGACACGCAACUCAACAAUAUACUGAAAUCUAUUUCUGUAAACGAAUGCUGCACACUCGUUUACACUUCUGGAACAGUGGGUCAACCAAAGGCCGUGAUGCUCUCUCACGACAAUCUCACGUGGGACGCGUACACAAUAUCAGAAAGAUGUCGCGACUUGAGGCCGACUUACGACUGUCUUGUUUCCUUCUUACCUCUCAGUCACGUCGCUGCUCAGGUGGUGGACAUCUAUACGACACUGACAAAUGCAGUGACUGUGUAUUUCGCACAACCAGAUGCCUUGAAGGGAAGUCUCGUUGAGACAUUGAAAGAAGUUCGGCCGACGAGAUUCUUAGCGGUACCGCGAGUAUGGGAAAAAAUGCACGAGAAGAUCAUGGCAGUGGGAGCAUCCAGCGGCUCCAUGAAGCGUUACAUUGCCACCUGGGCGAAAGACAAAGGAACUCAGUACCAUUUAGCGAGGAUCAACGGCGCCCUAUCAGCUGGGAUGUCAGGUCUGCCGAUAGACUUCAGUCUCGCCGAAAUUAUUAAGUAUUGGCAAGAUGGCACCACGUGCGGGUACAAAAUGGCCAAGUCACUGGUGUUCAGCAAAGUGCGCGAUAACCUCGGACUGGACCGCUGCACCACCUUCGUGACGGCUGCUGCGCCCCUUUCUCCCGACAUCAAAAAGUUUUUCAUGUCUCUGGAUAUACCAAUCAUGGACGCCUUCGGCAUGAGUGAAGCUGCUGGAGCCCAUACCCUCAGCAUAUACCCCAAAUUUAAAUUGGACUCCUCGGGCGAAAUCCUCGAUGGUACCGAAACUAAAUUCGACGGUUCGACGAGCAUCAACGGUCCCGGCGAAAUCUUCAUGCGAGGCCGGCACGUGUUCAUGGGCUAUCUCAACGACGAAGAGAAGACCAGAGCCACUGUCGACGACGAGGGCUGGCUGCACUCGGGAGAUGUCGGCAGAUUAGACAGCAAUAACUUGCUAUAUAUCACCGGUAGAAUAAAGGAAUUAUUGAUAACAGCAGGAGGUGAGAACAUUGCACCGGUUUUGAUUGAGCAAACCGUUCAAUCUGAACUCUUACACGUCGGAUACGCUGUGCUUAUUGGAGACAAACGAAAAUUCCUUUCCAUUUUACUGACACUAAAGGCGAAAGUCAACGGUAACGGUGACGCACUCGAUGAAUUGGACACCGAAACCAGAAAAUGGGUGGCGAAUCUCGGCAGCAAGGCUACUACAAUUAGCGAGAUUGUCCGUACCAAAGAUCCACUUGUACAUAAGGCUAUAGAAGACGGUAUUGCACGUGCAAACAAGCAUGCUAUUUCGAAUGCGCAAAAGAUCCAGAAGUUUGCUAUUCUCCCCGCCGACUUCUCUUUGAAUUCCGGAGAGUUAGGACCAACGUUAAAGAUCAAAAGGAAUGUUGUAUACGAGAAGUACAAGGACAUCAUAGAAGGAUUCUACAAGGAAUAAAUUUUAGAAUAAACUUAAUUUUAUUAAGAAGUGGGUUGAAGCGAAUAAACUUAUACAAUGAUGUUGUUGCUCAAAUAGAUAUAAUAGUCCAAAGCUGUUGUGAUUGGUCUUUGAAGUGGUGUACAUAUUUUUGUUACUAAAUAUAUACCUAGUUUUGAAA